AUGACCGCCCGAAACUCUUCACCAACACCUCCAUCGACGCCCUCUCCGCCACCACGCCGUCUCUCGGUCGCUUCGACAGCUAGCACGUCCACACUUCUCUCCUCUUCAACAGCAACAACUUCGACAAUCAAAGUCGCUCUCCGCAUCCGCCCUCCCGUUUCCUCACAACCAUCCAGAGGCUCACGGCAAGUCGUCCAGGUCCUCUCGGAUGACACUCCAACACCAAAUAGCGUCGUCGUCGACGGCAGGAAAAGGUUUACUUUUGAUUCGGUCUUUGGACCGGACCACUCACAACAUGAUGUCUACGAGGCAGCUGUAGCACCCUUGGUCGAGAGAUUCCUAGAGGGCUACAAUGCUACUGUCAUGGCCUAUGGUCAGACCGGAAGCGGCAAGACCUACACGAUGGGCACUGCCAUGGAUGUGGCCGGUUUUGGAUGGGAUUCUGCAGAAGCGGAUGAUCCGCGCGAAGGCAUCGUCGCCAGAGCCAUCAAACACAUCUUUAGUGCAAUUGACAACGGCAGCCACGAGACGGGUGGAGAAGAAACAAAGUUUGAUUUGUCGGUCUCGUUCAUCGAGAUGUACAAUGAAGACUUGAUCGAUUUGCUGACUGUGCCGCCUAUGAAGGGUGUCACUGUCCGAGAGGAUCCAAGAGGUGGAAUAUAUUGGGCGGGUGCGCGAGAAGAGAAUGUCGAAAAUGUAGAGGAGGCACUACGAUUGCUUACAGCUGGAUUAGAGCACCGCCAAACGACCUCUACAACACUCAAUCAAACCUCGUCCCGCUCCCACGCCAUCUUCUCUCUCCAACUCUGCCAACGACGAUGGAUCCCUGGCAAUACGGCCGAUACCGGUGACGCAGGCGACUGGCAAAUUGUCAACUCCAAAUUCCAUUUUGUGGACCUGGCUGGAUCCGAGCGACUUAAACGCACCAAAGCGGUCGGAGAACGUCAACGAGAAGGGAUUUCAAUUAAUUCAGGACUAUUGGCGCUGGGAAAUGUCAUUAAUGCUUUGGGAGGGGAGCAGGCAACCAGACAAGGUGGACCCGUUCAUGUACCCUACAGAGACUCAAAAUUGACGAGAUUGCUCCAGGACGGGCUAGGAGGCAAUAGCCAAACCGCGAUGAUCGCCUGCAUCUCGCCAUGUGAGGCGGACCUUGGGGAAACACUCAACACCUUGUUAUGGGCCAACAGAGGACGCAAUAUCCGGAAUACGGCCUUUGUCAACCACGAGUACCAGUCCGAAGUCCGUGCACUCAAAGAGCAAGUCGCUCGUCUGAAAGGCGAAGUUGGAAAACAUGCACCAUUGCCAUCCAACGACGCCGAUCGCUUGCGGGAGGAGAACGACGAGUUGAAGAAGCAGCUAGAGUCUUUGACACAGACGCAGAAAUCUCUCCGACAACGCAACGAUUACCUCGCAAACGAACUUGCCUUGGUGCAGUCCGAAUCGGUUAUGAUGAGGAUCUAUGCCGCAUCACCAACACCUUCCGCCACCCCAUCAGAAUCAAGUGAUGUCCCGCUGCAUAAUGGACAAGAUUCUGUCAUAGAUUUCAACGGCUCAACAAUGAGCUCCAUUCCACUCCCGAAACGAAACCGAAUUCGUCCACGCUCCGCUACCUCUGCCGAACUCAUCCGCGACCUCCUUAUUUCACCAUCACCCAACCUCCCCGACGAAGUGAGCACUACCGACGACCCAAUACCAACUCAAGCCACCGUUCGCAAACUCCGCGCUGAACUCCGAGAAACCACAUUAGCUGCCCGCCAGUAUCUCUCGCAAGUUGACUCCCUCCAAACUCGCCUUCGCGAACGAGAAGCCGAGUUUGAAGAGGCAGAACAAGCUCUUCAAGAGGAGAUUUCCGAACUGAAGGCAUUGAAUGCUGGUGCCGAAGAUUAUAUUGCGGGACUAGAAGUUCAGCUGACGAAGCAUCAGGCUCUCGCAGAUCAGGUUGAACGAUUGGAGACUGAACUGGAGCGAGAGAGAGAGGGAAGGGAUGCCGACAGUGGUGGGCCUUGGGAACGCGUUAGACUCUUGGAAGAGGAGGUAAUAGAGUUGAAGAAUGAGCGCAAAGAUGUUGAAGUGGCCUGGAUCAAAGUAGCGGAACUGGAGAAGGAGCUGGAAGAGUUUCGAAGGCAGGACCUUCAUGCCGCUGCAUCUGUUGUGGAGAGGGCUGCUCCCGCUGCUGAGGGAACUUUCACCCCGUCUGUAGUUAUCCCCGCAACAACCAAAGACACAUUCGAGAAUCCGCCCAGUGAUAUAUUAUCAUUGAGGGCUGCAGUUUCGGACUUAUGGAACCAACUUCUCGAACAGGAGACCCGGACCGCUGAGUUAGUAGGAUCCGAAGAGGAUCACCGCGUUGCACGAGAAGAAAUACAAUCCAAAUUGAAGACCCUCCAGUCGCAGCUUUCCCAGCUCGAAGCCGAGCACAACGUUCCACCAGCACCUAUUAACACGACUUCCACCAUCGCUCCCGUCGACCCGCCAGCACUCCAUAGCCUUCUCGCCGAAUCAAAUCAAGCUUACGCCGCCCUGGAAUCCGAAGUCGCCCAACUCCGCCAAGUCGCAUCCGAUGCGGUUGCACGCGCUGCCAAACUCGAAUCUGAAAACACUGCCCUCGAACAAGCCCGCGAAGGAGCCUUCAAAGAAGUAGAGGAACGUGUCAAGGGCGUGGAACAAGUUUUGGAGAAUCUGAGAAUGGCGGAGGAGGCGAAUGAGGAAUUGCACAAUGGGGUCAAAGAACUGGAAGGACGGAUGGAAGCCUUGAUGAAGGAAAAGGAAGAGUUGGAGACUUUGCUGAAGGAGCGCGAGAACGAUCUUGUACAAAGGGAUGACAGGGUCGAAGAAUUGGAAGGUCAUCUAAAGGCCUUGGAGAAUGAGAUUGGUGAGAUGAAAACAGCGGCAGCGGAAACUGCAACCCGAAGUCUCGAACACGGUGAAACUCUCAAGGGUGACUUGGAGGGUUUGCGAGAGCAUGUUAAAGAGUUGGAAGGACUUUUACAGCAUGCGCGUGAUGAGAAGGUCAAUGUUGAACAUACCCUUCAAGCUCGCGUAACCGACCUAGAAGCCGAAAUUGACAAAGCUCAACAAGCUGUCGACACAUCCCGAUCAGAAGCAGACAAUAUCCUUAAAGAACUCCAAAACGAAAUCACCUCCCUCCAUACUGACCUGUCCAAGGCAAGAGAUCAGCUCUCUGAUUCCUCAUCCCGCACCGCCGAACUAGAGCAAAGCUUGGAAACCGAGCAAAGACAGGCAUCCGAAGCCCAGGCCAAACUAGUGGCCGCUGAAGACGCAAUCACGACCCUCCGUUCCGAAUUGGAAGCUGCAGCGCACGAAGCACAUAGCCUGGCCUCUGCGAUUCACGAAGCCGAUGAAAAAGUCCGAACCGCGGCUCAAGAUAGAGACGCCAUUCAAGCUGAGCGUGACUCUAUCAUUGCAGAGCGCAAUGCCCUCAUCUCCGAAUUGGAAAGCUUGAAAAGUGCACUUGAAGAAGCAACUUCGCACCACGAGACGCUGAGCAGGGAGAUCCACGAUGCCAAGCGCCAAUCGGUUCUCUUGUCCGAUGAGAAAGACAAGGAACGUGAGGCGUUACAAAUGCGAGUUGCGGAGCUGGAAAAGGAGGUCGAGGAUGCCGCUGGGCGGUUGGACGCGGUUGUGAAAGAACAUGAGACUGCUUUGAAUACUGUUCAGUCGGAACUCGCUGAAAAAGCGGAUAAUAUGGCGACAGAGCUUGCAAAUACACAAUCUCAUGCCAAAGAACUGGAGGAGGAGGUUGAGACUUUACGCAGUGGACGCGUUGAUCUGGAAGAGCAAUUGGAUGCAAAAAUGAGCGAGAUUGAAUCUCUUACAGCUCACAUUGACGAGCUGGAAAGAGGCGUCGAUGAGAAAGAUGGGCAGUUGGAAGGUUUGCGGGCGGAUCUCUCGGGCCUAUCCAAGCAGUUGGAGGAGAAGCAGCAUGUGAUAGAUGAGCUUUUGCAAAAGACGGAGGGAUACGAAACCGAAUUGACUGACGCGAGACAAAAGGUGGAAGAACUGGGACGAGAUCUCCUAGAUAAAGGCCGUGAACUGGAUCAGGUGACUCACCAGCUCGACGACGUGCGGACUGGUUCCGACCGCGACUUGGCUGAGGCGCGAACUAAAUUGGUAGAAUUGGAAGACAUACACAGUGGAAUUGUAGAGGCGCACGCUGCCUCUGAACAGCAUCGUACGCAGCUGGCUGACGAGGUUGAGGGGUUGAAAGCUGCCCUAGAGGCCAAGACACGCGAUUUAGAGGCUCUUGUCACACAGCUGGAGGAACUGCAAAUUGAAAAUGGACUGAAGGAAGACAAGGUCAGGGACGAGGUUCAAGUCCUAAAGACUGAAUUGGAUGUGCUACAGGCCAAUGUCUCCACUGUCACGAGUGAGCGUGACGAGGCUCUACAAAAGAUUGAAGACAUUGUAAAAGAAUUGAAUCGCAUUGUGGAGGGUGAUGGCGAAUUGGACACUGUGUUGACGGGUGCAAAGUCGUUGGUUCAGGAUCUUCGCGAUGGAGUCAAGGAACGAGAUGACCGGCUUGGUGUGGUCGCUCAAGAAUGCGAGGAGCUAACAACAAGAAUAGGAGAAAUCCAGCAGCUUUUGGAUCAAAAGCACACUGAAAUCUCCGAACGGGAUACCGUCGUCUCUGACCUGCGAGCCACGCUCGCCGCCCUCACUACUGAGCUAGAUGAAUCGAAGGCUCGUGUCAAUGAACUGGAAGCCGUCCAACGGGAUUUACAUGAAUCUAUCACCCUGCGAUCGGAAACUGAGACCCAAAAGGUUCAAGAAGUUCAAAAGCUCUUGGACGACAAGCAUGCAGAACUCGCUCAACAGGAGACUGUCGUCGCGGAACUGCAAACCACUGUCGCUGCAUUGCGCACUGAACUGACCGAAUCCAAAGAACGUAUCAGUGAACUGGAAACAGUCCACCGAGAAUUGCACGAAACUCGCUCGCUGCAAGCAGAAACUGAAAACCAACAGGUGGCCCAAAUUCAAAAGCUCUUGGAUGAGAAACAAGCAGAACUUGCUCAACGGGAGACUGAUCUCUCGGACCUGCAAGCCACUCUUACUGCCUUGCGCACUGAACUCAAUCAGUCCACAGAUCGCGUCCAGGAAUUGGAAGCAGCUCAACGAAGCAUCGAGGAAGCUCGCGCGCUGCACGCAGAAACCGAAAACCAAAAGAUGGAACAACUGCAACAGCUCUUGGAUGACAAACAAGCAGAACUUGCCCAACGGGAGGUUGAUCUCUCGGAUCUGCAAACCACUCUCGCUGCCUUGCGCAUUGAACUGGAAACAGCUCAACGAAGCAUCGAGGAAGCUCGCGCGCUGCAAGCAGAGACCGAAAACCAAAAGGUGGAACAACUGCAACAGCUCUUGGAUGACAAACAAGCAGAAGCCGCUCAACGGGAGACCCAGCUCUCUGACCUGCAAACCACCCUCUCCAGCUUACGCACAGAAUUGGAUGAGAAACAAGCAGAACUCGCCCACCGGGAGGCUGAAGUAUCUGAUUUGCAAUCUGCACUCACUGCAUCACGCACAGAGUUGGACGAGAAACAAGGAGAACUUGCACAGCGGGAGGCUGAUGUCGCUGACCUGCAAACCGCGCUCUCCACUUUGCGUACUCAAUUGGACGACUCUAGCGUGCACGUCAAUGAACUGGAAACAGUCCAGCGUGAGCUGGAAGAGUCACGUAGAUUGCAAUCCGAAUCUCAGAACCUGGUAUCCGAUCUCCAAGCCCAGCUAGAAGCUCUUCACGUCACCCUCACAGAGACGCAAGACCAACUAGCGACGGAGCUUGAAUCCAGUCGUGCCCACGAGCACGAGGCCUCUGAAUUGGAGUCAGGGCUUCUGGCAAGGGAUGAGAGUAACAAAGCUUUGCAGAAUCAGCUUUCUGAAAGUGAAGUGGAGAAGCAGGCCCUCAUGGAUCGUGUCCAUCAAUUAGAGACACACUGUGAGGACUACGCUGCCAAGAUUGGAAAGUUUGCAAAAGAGGUACAGUACCUUGCUUCGUUGCGUGAAGCUGUCGUUAUAGAGCGGGAUGAGCUCCUGGACAAGGUCAACGCCCUUGAGGAGCAAAUUCUGCACCUGCAAAAUGAGAGUGUGCAAGGAACUGAGAGGGGGCUCGAGAUUGAGAGCACCCGUCCGCAAGCCGAUGUAGCUCAACUGGACCGUGAGUGCAAUGACCUCUUGAACGGACUUGGUCUUGCGGAGACGCAAGUGGAGACCACAUCGGCUGCGACUAUCCUAGAUUUGGAGAACAAGAUGCGAACCGCCGAAGCUCUCGCUACGGAACUGGAGCAGAACCUCUCCGAUACUCAGCAGGAACGUGACAUGCUUUUAGUACGCAUGAAGGAAUUGGAGCACUCGAACGCGGAAAUGGAGAAGGAAAUGAUUGAGUGCAAAGACUUGUCCGUGGCUGGUACUCGGGAAAUGGAGGAUCGUCUUGGGCGUAUGGAGGUAGAACGUGAUGAGGCGUUGACCAAGUUGCAGCAGCUCGAAGCCAAGGUCGAAGAGUUGAACUCUUCUUUGGAGGAAAAGGAGACUGCGCUGCAAAGGAUUGCAGAACUAGAUGCCUUAUUGGAAUCCAAGGACCAGGAACUCAAAGACGUGCAGUCACAAUUAAGUUCCCUGGCGUCUACUCACGAAACACUCAAGGCGGAAUCCACCGAUCUUCGCGAAAAGGUUGAAUCCAUGGAAAAGACGCAAUCCGAACGGGAUGUUGUCCCCAACGAAUCCGCCACGGCUGACCAAGAAAGCGAUGAUAACUCUGUCUUGGUCGGCAUGUAUCGUACUCAGAUUGCGGAGGUCGUCUCGGAACGCAACUCUCUGCGUACUGAGAUUGAGCAGUUGGGCACCGAGUUGGGCGACAAGGCAAAGUUGGAAGACGAGCUCGCUCAGGUUGUUACAGAGCGGGAUGAGCUGAAACAGGUCGUGGAAGCUCUAAGUAACCGGGUGGAGGAAGUUGAAGCUAAAUUAAACGAGGCAGAGCGAAGAGUACCAGUCAUUGUUGACCCACCUCCACCGUCCAGAGUCUCAAAACCACGGCCACCGUCGAUUCAGACUGGUCGGGAAGCAGACCUUCGUGAUUCGGAUGAAGGAGACAUUGGACGGGACUCGCUAGAUACGCGUCGGUCCGCUUCAUUUGACAGGAGGAGAAGAGGAGGAAGCAGUCUCCGUGGUUUGUCGCCGGGUGAACCGAUAUCUCCUACCUCCAUUAUCGACUCCAUUCGAGAGAUUGCUGACCGAACCAACGAUACCGAAGCGACUACCGAAGCAGGACCCGGUCUGGCAGAACGCGAACGUCAAGAAUUGUUGCGAAUGAUUGAGAUUCUUUCUAUGCAUAUAUCUGCUGCUGAUCGACAGUUGGAGGAAGAUGCCAAUACAGUUGCGAGGCUAGAAGCUGAGCUCGAGGAUGUAAGAGCCUCCUCUUCUGCGUCUUCUGAAACAUCUUUCCGGGAUGUCAGUAGGAGCAGCACUGCGGUUCGCUUACGUGUGUUGGAGGAUCGGGUCAAUAAACAGCUCGAUGAGAUUGCCAACAUGGAGUACGAGUUGGUCAAGGCUCGGAGUGUCGCCAAUGCGGCACAGACUCGGGUUGUUGAAUUGGAGAACCAGUUGGAAGAGGCAAAGAAGAAGGAGCGGGAGGCAAGGGCAGCACAGCCACUGAAUGCGGCAGUCAGCAAGGCUAGAGGCGGCCAUCGUGGAACAUUCAGGCUCACCCCAUUGGAGCUAAAGGAGAUUAUGCCUUCGAUAAUGUUUGAGGAGUUGACCAGGAAAGAUGGAAAGCGUUCAUCUAUUCUUACGGGUGCUCCCGAGCGCAUACAGAGCGCUGCGAAAACUCGGGAUCGCGGAUCUGGAGCGCGUCAAAACAUACCCGAACGGUGGAGAGAUGGGUCACCACUACCUGCCAAACGGGAUCCGCCACAACCAGAUUCGCCAUCCUCCGAUCCUCGUUCCAACCGCCACCACACCCAGCUCGCCCAACAACAACACCAACACAGACUAGCCCAGCAACAAGAGAUCAUUGGGGAACUCGGACAUCAACUCUCCACCGCCAAACGACGAGUCAAAGACCUUCAGGACCAGGUUCAAUCUCUCGAACAAGAAAACUAUAGUUCGCAAAACAAUAUCCGAAUGUUGAUGGAACGCGUGAAAUACCUUGAAGAGUCUCGUGCCAUCCUCCCGCCCCCUCCCGACGACACCCUAGACCGCGACGGAACAUCAUCAUCAUCAUCAAAACGAUCACGAGGCGCUUCGAGAGGUCGAAGUGGGAGCAAGGAGGAAGGGCGUACCAAAAGCAAGAGCCGAACACGGAGUGUAGGGAAGGAGAAGGACAAGGAUGGGGAGGUGAAGAAGAAGAGGAGUUUUUGGUGGGGCGGACGGGGUAAAGAUGAAGAUAGUGAUUGAGGUAUAUAUGUGAUUGGUUUUGGGUAGCGUAUGUAGGUUAUAUAGAACUUUUUUGUAUGUUGCAUUGUUGUGUUUAGUGGCAUCUUAUUGAAUACUUUUUUUUUGAUUGCUAGAAUUCUAUUGAUAUAUUAUUUCAC